UUUGAAUUCAAUUGAUUUGAUUUAGUCACUGAAUCACUGAUUUCUACAUAAAUUUAUUAUUCUCUAAAAGUAUAUUUCGUGUUAAUUUAUACUCACAAUUUUGUGUAUACUACUUUAGUUUCAAAAAGUGUUCAAAAUGACUACCACUGGCGAACAGUUAACGUUAGCUAGGGAUAUAAAACGUGCCAUUGAAUUACUCGAGAAACUGCAACAGAGUGGCGAAGUCCCUGCAACGAAAUUAGCUGCUCUCCAGAAGGUUUUGCAGAGCGACUUUCUAAACGCCGUAAGAGAGGUUUACGAGCACGUCUACGAGACUGUAGACAUACAAGGCUCCGCAGACAUAAGAGCUUCCGCAACUGCAAAGGCAACGGUGGCCGCAUUUGCUGCUGCAGAAGGACACGCUCACCCUCGAGUAGUGGAACUGCCGAAAACUGAGGAAGGCUUAGGGUUCAACGUAAUGGGCGGAAAAGAACAAAACUCUCCGAUUUAUAUAUCUAGGAUAAUACCGGGCGGAGUUGCUGACAGACAUGGUGGCUUGAAGAGGGGUGAUCAACUUUUAUCCGUUAACGGAGUCUCAGUUGAAGGCGAGAAUCACGAGAAAGCCGUAGAACUUCUGAAGCAAGCCGUGGGAUCCGUAAAAUUAGUUGUCAGGUACACACCAAAGGUCUUGGAGGAAAUGGAGAUGAGAUUCGACAAACAAAGAACUGCACGGCGACGCCAAAACUACAACUAAAAUUUUUCACCGGCUUUGCAGUCAUUUAUCAAACAAAGUGUAUUAAUGUACCUGUUAUUUUUAUCCUAUGUUUUAAUGAGGAACUUUGAUAAUCUUUAAGGCAUUGUAAAACUUUAUUUAAUUUUAUAAAAACCUAUAUUACUUUUACACCCAAUCAGUUGGCAGUUGGAGACCAUGGCUAUUAAAAAUUGGGAACUAUUCAAGUAUUGAAAAAUAUUCAAUCUGCUAUUUAUUUAUAUAUUAAAUGAAAACUUUGUUAGUGUGAAUUUAAUUAUAAAGUUUUCUUCUAUUUAAAUCUAAACU